AUGGCAAACAUCCAUUUCUUUGUGAUCAGCUGUUUGCUCGUCACGUCCACGCUAAAGUGGCGCCCCGCUACGUCACUGCCCGUGCAGGCGCAGCUGAGCUCCGAAGAGUGCAAAAAAUGCUCCGCGCUCUUCGUCAGCCUCUUGAGAAAUAUCACGGGGCUCCUCAGCGGUAACGUUUUGUGUUACGGUCUCAAGCCAAAUGACAAAGCAACCGUAAGCAGCUCGGCUGAGACGGUGCAAGCCUGCGCGCCGAAUGUGCAAGAGAAUUUCAGCUGCAUGGCACAAAGAAAUACAUCCUUCAGCGAGAGUGAGUGUGUGUCAAGCAUCAUGAAGGACAUGGUCCACUAUGAUGCCCUCAUUCAGUCCUACCUCAAGUUGACACUCAGGAGCCCUGAAGAAGAAACGGCACUUCUGAGCCCAACACUCGAGAUCAUCCACAACUUGAAGAACUGUUUGUUGAAAGUCGCUCGAGGCAUGAACCCUGCAGAGGAGGACACGUCCUAUAUGUGGGGAGACAACAGUUUCACCAACCGACGUGAAAUGUGCAAGAUGAUGAGAGGCUUCCACAUCCGAGCCAUCACCAUCAAUCGAGCGAUGGGCUACCUCUCCUCAGGAGACCACCUGAAGUAAACAUCAUGCCAGAUUACCGAAAAAAAAAAAAAAAAAAACUUAUUGUCACCCAUUGCAAUUUUUUUUAGUCAUGUUGUAAAAGUAGGAAUUUUGAUGUCAACACUAGCAGAGGUUUCUAGAAAUAAAGUGUCACAUAUUGAUAUUGACAUUUCCUAAUUGUGAGAUGUGAAAUGCAGAGAGAAAGGACAGCAGGAUGCGGAAGGGGCAGGAAGGAAGGAAAUUAAACCGCACGGUUUGUUCAUUUCACAUUAUCUUGCGCUUCCAUUUGGAAAAAU